CCGCCCCCAGUGACACAAUAGCAGCUCCCUCCAAGAUGGCGGCGGCGACGGCGGACCCGGGAGCUGGGAGCCCUCAGGCUGGGGACUCCUCUGGCGGGGGCUCUGGGGGCGGGUUGCCGUCUCCCGGGGAGCAGGAGCUGAGCCAGCGUUUGCAACGCCUGUACCCCGCAGUCAACCAGCACGAGACGCCGCUGCCGCGUUCCUGGAGCCCCAAGGACAAGUACAACUACAUCGGCCUCUCCCAGGGCAACCUCCGCGUCCACUACAAAGGUCAUGGCAAAAAUCACAAAGAUGCAGCCUCAGUGCGUGCCACUCACCCCAUACCUGCUGCCUGUGGUAUUUAUUACUUUGAAGUGAAGAUUGUCAGCAAAGGAAGAGAUGGGUACAUGGGAAUAGGACUCUCAGCCCAAGGUGUCAACAUGAACAGACUUCCUGGUUGGGACAAACAUUCCUAUGGUUACCAUGGUGAUGAUGGACAUUCCUUCUGCUCCUCUGGGACGGGCCAGCCCUAUGGUCCUACAUUCACCACAGGAGAUGUGAUUGGCUGCUGUGUUAACCUCAUCAAUGGCACCUGUUUCUACACAAAGAAUGGCCACAGCCUUGGUAUUGCCUUCACAGACCUCCCGGCCAACCUCUACCCCACCGUAGGCCUGCAGACACCUGGGGAGAUUGUGGACGCCAACUUUGGGCAGCAGCCCUUCCUGUUCGACAUUGAGGACUACAUGCGAGAGUGGCGUGCCAAGGUCCAGGGCACUGUGCACGGCUUUCCCAUCAGCGCCCGGCUUGGCGAGUGGCAGGCAGUGCUGCAGAACAUGGUCUCAUCUUACCUGGUGCAUCAUGGGUAUUGUGCCACAGCCACUGCUUUUGCCCGAAUGACUGAAACCCCAAUUCAGGAAGAACAGACGUCCAUAAAGAACAGACAAAAGAUUCAGAAGCUGGUACUAGAGGGCCGAGUGGGCGAGGCCAUUGAGACCACACAGCGCUUCUACCCUGGGCUGCUGGAACACAACCCCAACCUCCUCUUCAUGCUUAAGUGCCGACAAUUUGUGGAGAUGGUGAAUGGCACUGACAGUGAGGUCCGCAGCUUGAGCUCCCGAAGCCCCAAGUCCCAGGACAGCUACCCUGGCUCCCCCAGCCUCAGCCCCCGGCAUGGCCCUAGUAGUUCCCACAUGCACAACACAGGAGCAGACAGUCCCAGCUGCAGCAAUGGCGUUGCGUCCACCAAGAGCAAACAGAACCACAGUAAAUAUCCCGCACCUAGCUCCUCCUCCUCGUCCUCGUCCUCCUCGUCCUCUUCCUCCCCGUCCUCCGUCAAUUACUCCGAGUCCAACUCAACAGACUCCACCAAGUCCCAGCCCCACAGCAGUACAAGUAACCAGGAGACCAGCGACAGUGAGAUGGAGAUGGAGGCGGAGCAUUACCCUAAUGGUGUUCUGGAAAGCAUGACCACCCGCAUUGUCAAUGGUGCCUACAAGCAUGAGGACCUGCAGACAGAUGAAUCAAGCAUGGAUGAUGGGCAUCCACGGCGGCAGCUCUGUGGGGGCAACCAGGCUGCCACAGAAAGGAUUAUCCUGUUUGGCCGUGAGUUGCAGGCACUAAGUGAGCAACUGGGCCGUGAGUACGGCAAGAAUUUGGCCCACAUGGAGAUGCUGCAGGAUGCCUUCAGCCUACUAGCAUACUCAGACCCCUGGAACUGCCCAGUUGGCCAGCAGCUUGACCCCAUCCAGAGGGAACCUGUGUGUGCUGCUCUCAACAGCGCCAUUUUAGAGUCCCAGAACCUGCCAAAGCAGCCCCCUCUGAUGCUCGCCUUGGGCCAGGCAUCUGAAUGUCUACGGCUUAUGGCCCGAGCGGGCCUGGGAUCUUGCUCUUUUGCCAGAGUUGACGACUACUUGCACUAGCUGACCAUGCAGGCUGGCAUCACCUGGCCCUCUUCAGCCCCAGGACUGGAGCAGCCCUGCCCUCCAUAGGCAUCUGGCCACAAGGACCUGGAAGCCAUGGGCAGAGUUCACUCCUCUGGCCACCCCCCCCACCCCCCCGUUUCUCUCCCCUUCACGUGCAGCGGCCUGUGACACAGUAUUGGCUGGUUACCCUCAUGUAGCGCCUUCUCCUUUAAAGGGAGUUUUGUUUUGAGGGGUUGGGGUUUUUUAAUCUUUUUCCUCCUGACUGAGCCACCAGUGUUUAUCUCGGGAGAGUUUGUGCUGAGCUGGUUUCUGCUAAUUUAGUGAUGAAACCUAUACAGGUUGGUGAUAGCUUAUUAUUUUCAUAAGUAAAAAAAAA